AUGGCCAAUCUGGGCUGUGCGUACGGCCGAACCAACCUCCCAUCGUCAUACGCAAAGGAAUCAUCAUCAUGUCUACUUAUCUCAUCGCUAACCUCAUCGGCUUACUCGGCGCCUAUCGACAUCUUUGGAGGACGUAGUAUUAUCGGGAUAUUCCGGAAGCUAUCCAGCCUUAGAAAGAAACGUCGCGAUGAAAGUUGUUCAUCUCAGACUCCAAGCUCAAUACCGUUCGACGUCUCAAUUCCAAUCCGAGAGGAUGUCUCUCAAAGUGAUAAUGAGACUGGUGCGGGGCCCCUUGGUCUAACCGUGGUAUAUACACCUAAGGAUGUCCCUAAAGCGGAUAUCAUCUUUGUCCAUGGACUUGGGGGUACGAGCCGGUGGACAUGGUCGAAAAAUAAAGAUCCAGAUUUGUUCUGGCCAUUAAAAUUCUUACCCCUUGAGGCCGACAUCUGUCAGGCUAGAAUAUUAACCUUUGGUUAUAAUGCCGAAUUUCGUAUGAAGGGGAGUGUCAGUACGUCGAUACUGGACUUUGCUAAAGAUCUAUUAUAUGAUAUGAAAUAUGCAAGAGACUACCAAAAUGAGGGAUUGAACAUAGGAGAUGUGCCGUUGAUUUUCGUGGUUCAUAGCAUGGGUGGACUCGUGGUUAAAGAAGCGUAUAUUCAGGGUCAGAAUGAUCCUGAAUAUGAUUCUAUCAUCAAAGCUGUCUCUGCAAUCGUCUUCUUAUCUACACCGCACCGUGGUACACAUCUCGCUGAGACAUUAAACCGAAUACUACAAUCCACCAUGAUAAUCAGUUCGAAGAACUAUAUAUCUGAGCUUGUAAAAAAUUCUCUUACGUUGCAGAGGCUCAACGAACAGUUUCGGCACGUAGCGCCUCGGCUGGACAUCGUGUCGUUCUAUGAGACUCGGGCUACUUCAAUUAUGGUUAAAAGCAUUAUGGUGUUAGAAAAGGAAUCCUCUGUCCUUGGAUAUCCUGGAGAAAUUUCGAGGGCAUUGGAUGCAGACCAUCAUGGGGUCUGCAAAUUUGACAGUCCUAAAGACCCCAACUAUAUUGCCGUGAAAAAUGUUCUGGUGUCGCUUCUCGAAAAGUGUCGAUCGGCUAGUGAGUCGAAGACACUAGUAUUGCGAAGUUCAAAGAAAUUUCACGAUCUCAAAUCUUUGCUAGCGAUUACGGAGCUCCCCGCUGUUGAUUACAGCUUCUUUCGAGACCAAUGGGUCAUUGGGACCUGCACAUGGAUUAUCGAAGAUAAGAAGUUUCUCGAAUGGCUCCAGACACCCGAGCCAACAUCUCGUCUUCUUUGGGUAAGUGGAGGGCCCGGCACUGGAAAGUCGGUGCUGUCUUCGUUUAUCAUCAACAAUCUUGUGGAGCGAGGUGUUUAUUGCCAAUAUUUCUUCAUUAGAUUUGGUGAUCAGAAGAAACGAACAUUGAACUCGCUAUUGUGUUCUCUCGCCUACCAACUCGCCCAAGCCAUUCCGGAGUUCUCUCAAAAGCUCCUUGAUCUUGACGAAGCUACUCACUAUGGGGCAAUGGCCCAUACAACCACUUGGGAUCACAUUUUCAAAUCCAUUCUCUUCAGAAUAGACGAGCAGAGGCCUCUCUAUUGGAUAAUAGAUGGGCUAGAUGAAGCAGACGACCCUAGGGGCAUCAUAAAGACGCUCUCUGAAGUGUCUCGUUCCUCUAUCCCGAUUAGGAUAUUGAUUGUGGGUCGCAGAAUACAGGAGAUAGAGUCUGCCUUCCAGACAGUCCCAAGUUCUCUGAAUUUUGGUACAAUAAAUGUUGAGGGACAUCAAGAAGACCUACAGCACUACACUCGCCACGAACUUAUCUUGCCUGGGAGUCCCGAUUUUAAGGAGGGCAUUGUGAGCCGUAUCGUGCAAGACGCGCAAAACAACUUUCUUUGGAUACGAUUUACUAUUAGUAAGUUGAAUCAAUGUCAUCGACGAGCCGACGUUGAGCUUGCACUUCAAGAAUUGCCAAACGGUAUGGAAGCAUUCUAUAAUCGAAUGGCCUCGUCAAUUGCUCGGAAUCAAAUGGAAUCGAAUAAAGCUUUAGCAUUGAACAUAUUGGAAUGUGUUACUUGUUCAUUCCGUGGGCUUACAAUUGUGGGGUUAUCACAAAUACUGGACGAGGAUAGUUCUGAGUUGCUGGACCUUGGAAGGUCUGUUGUUGACCUGUGUGGUGGAUUUUUGGACGUUGACAAUGAAGGCAAUGUCACGCUAAUACAUCAAACCGCUCGAGAAUACUUGCUUAGCGAUAAUAAUCGCUCGUUCCGUGUCGAUCCCGAUGUUGCUCAUAAGCACAUGUUCUUGUGCUGUAUGAAGCAUCUUAUGACCAUUGGCCUCCGAUCAAAAGUGAACCGGAAUGAGACCCCCGAGUUUGUUCACUAUGCUUCAAAAUGGUGGUCGUCGCAUCUGGUAUUAACGGCGUAUGGUUGCGAACAGAUUGAAAGUGUUCUUGAGAAAUUCCUAACGAACCACUGGGUACUGACAUGGAUACAUAUUGUCGCGACCAACGACCAACAGCAACUACUCAUCCAAGUUUCAAAAAAUCUCGCGCAGCAUUUCCUUAAACAACAAAAAAACAAUGCGAAGUACCUUGUGAAGCAGGAACUCCUUGGGGCUUGGUCUACGGAUUUUGCGAAGCUCGUAGGAAAAUUUGGCGCGGGCUUACGACGAAAUCCAGAAUCUAUAUACAAGCAGAUUCCCCCCCUUUGCCCAAAGAAUUCUUCGAUUUACCGUCUUUUUGGGGAAAUAGAAGCGAAAAAUAUUGCAAUUUUGGGCGCGCCUUUCCAGAACUGGGGCGACUUAGUUGCGCGCAUACCGCUUAAUUUGAACGAUCAAGCAUCAACUAUAGUAGCCGCUGCCACUUUAGUCGGCAUUGCGACUUCUCGAAAUGUAUUCAUAUACAGCUCUUCGACGUUUGAUGAAGUGAAGUUCUCUCCUAUUCAACAUGGGGAGUUCUUACACAGAGCAGAAUUCAAUAAUACGGCUACCUUGCUUGCGACCUAUGGUUACCGGACGACAAAGGUAUGGGAAACUUCCACCGGGACUUGCAGGGCUUCAGUUGAUAAUCCUAGCUCCCGCCCAAGGCCUGUCUCUAUGGUAUUCAAAAACCACGAUUCUCUCCUUGUUGGUCAUGGUGACAAGUGUUUACGGUUACUCGACCUAAAUAAAAAGUCACCGACGUGGCAGCUCGUGGCGAAUCUAGAUGAACCCGAACUUGAGGGACACUUCCUAAACUUAUCAAGUUACAUGGCUCUGAGUCAGGAUGGGGCACUGGCUGUUGUAGCCUACCGCGGACACCCACUAUCAGCAUGGGAAGUAGAUGGACCAGUACAUCUGGGGCACUGUUGGCGAACCCGAGAACAGCUUGCCAGGGGCGAAGUCAUCGAUGCUGUCUGGCACCCACAGUACCCUGAAGUCUUGGGUCUUUACGUGGAAGGUGUGUUAUUCAAAUGGAGUCCUUAUGACGGCAAGGUGGAAGAAAGGUUUAUAGGAGCUUCUAGAUUGUCUGUCAGUAAAGAUGGAAAUUUCCUCGCAACUGGUGAUAAGUAUGGGAUAGUCAAAGUUUUUAACACCACCAACCUUUGUAUUCUACACCACUUUACAUCUCAGAACUUUGUCCUAGGGUUGACAUUUGGUCAUGAUUACACACGGGUUUACGAUAUUCGAGCGUCACAUUGGAAUGUAUGGGAGCUAGAUUUGCCGAUAAAACCUACGGCUCAACCUACAUACAGUGGUGAAACCGAAAGCGACCGCCAAAAUAUCUCUAUUGUCUCUACAAAAAAUUUCUGUCAAGCUUGGGCGGAGGGGUCUAUUAUAGCGCUCGCAACCUCGCCGACGGGCCGACUCUAUAGUUAUGGCACGGAUAUGGGAAGAGUGUGCCUCGUUGAUUUACACAAUGGACGACAGUUUACUAUCCACCCUCCCCGGGGUCGCUUGCAGAUUCUAGAGAUGAGUUGGAGCCAUGACGGCAGAUACAUAAGCUUUUCAGAUGCUAGCAAAACGGUCUUUAUUAAGUCGGUGGCUUUGGAGGAAGGCUCCUCGGAGCCAGUUUUAGAAACGGUGGUGAAAAUUUCAAUGAGAGAGAUUUCUGCGGGGCCCAUCACACAAUUGCUGUUUCACCCAAAAUCGAGUCGCCUCUUGGUCUCGACUUUCCAUAAUGUUCACACAAUCUCGCUUUUGUCGCUGUCCGUGGAUAGAUCGCUAGAGCUAGUUGGACCAAAAUGUCAAUGGAUUGCUCAUCCAAGAAACCCGGAGUUGAUCAUAGGUUUUGGAACCGACCGGAUACAAAUUAUGGAUUGGAAUCUAGCCAUAGCCCAAACAUAUCACACAACAUCAAGUUAUUAUAUGAGCUCCCGUCCUAUGAAAAUAGUCGCCACUCGAAAUGAAAACCAUAUAUUAGUACAAGCGCGGCUUCAAGACCGCUGUCUACAACACUCUCUCCAUUGCUUCAGAGUCUCGGAUCUUUUGGUACCGACCGGGGUGACGCCGGACGCUGAACAGAAACCGGAACCGAGAGUAAUAACUCCAAUCGACUUCCCUGAUAUGCCAUCCAAAUUUAUGUACCUACUUUCUUCCCAAUUUCAGAAUCGCAUUGUGUUUCUUGCUGAAAACCUUUGCAUUUAUUCUUACCAACUUCCCACACAUCCUGGGGCGUUAACAACUGUCCCGGUAUCUUGGUCUAACAGUGGCGUUAUCACUACAGACUCAUCUUUUCAUUCCAAUCGGCGAAAGGAGGACGCCGUUGCCCAAAACUUCAGUGAAAUAUUCACUCUCCCAGGAGAUUGGAUUGAGAAGCAAUGGGCAGAUAUACCUCUCCUAUGUACCGUAUGGGAAGUGGAAAAAGUAUUCCUAUGCGUAAAAGAUGGGGGAGUGAUCGCCGUCAGGUGUCCGGCCCUGGUAUAA